GCGGCUCAGUCGCAAUCCAACACGGCUCAUCGAGACUGUAACCAGCGUCGCAGUAAAAGAGCCUCUUGAACACUUAUUAUCACAAUGUUCCAGCCAAACCCCCAAGACCACCUUCACCUGCGCCUCCACCGCGCUCGGUCCGUAAUCUUAACCGCCGAGGAACUCGUCGAAAUCCGCGCCGCCCAACGAACGUUCGAAGGCGCCUACAUGCGCACAGCCCUCUCCCAGUUCUCCUUCGCCCUCAUCAUUCUCAAAAUCUUCACGUCAGAGUUCUACGCCAUCGGCGCCUUGUUUGCCGUCUACGGCGCCGCCGUCAUGCUCGUCGCCAUCUUCCGCCGCCACGAGGGCAACCGCCAGUUCUUCACGAGCCCGAAAGUGGACGAGGGCAGCGGGGUCGCGAGCGGCGGCGUGGUGCGCAAGUUCCGCACGAGCGGGAAUAGCGUCGCGAUGUUGACCGUGUUGAGUCUCGCUGCGUAUGUUACGCUUUUGGUGCUUACUUGGCAGCUUGUGCAGUGAGGUGAGAGAGAUGGGCAGGCUAUCUGGGUUUUUGUGUGGUUUUUGUGGGAUGGACUUUGAUGGGCACGGCAAUGAACAAGACCGCGGCGGUGUUCUCUCAGUGAGCAUUUUUAACCUGGGAAACUCUCUCAGUCACAAAUCCUAAUCUCACCGGACCAAAACCCAUCAAACUUCUCUAGAGCAGAUCAAAAGGCAAAGGUCUAGGCCUCCCAAGGACUCUCUCCUACAUCACAUACGCUCAGCCAAGAUAUCAGAGAACUCGGCGCCAUACUGAACAAUCAAUGGUCCGGAACAGCAACCCCAGAUGUAGCCGACAGGGUGUCGGCAGCACCAAACUCAUGUUCACUACCAAUGGACAUACCAACAAC